ACGGCUCUGCUCACGUGCAGCCCAGGGAGCGUCAACGACACCAUGUCCGAGGACGUGGAGCCUACUCGUCAUAAUUGUCCGGUCGGGAACAUCACCUUUGAACAAAUAAAGACGCAAGACUUUGCGCCAAAAUUGUUAGUUUAAAACUCCGUAUUCAUGUUGCGCCGCGGACGGGUUUUUUUUUUUUUCGCUUUCCGUAUGUAAAACAAUUGCACACGUUCCCUUCCGGCCGCCGUCGAGACCGUCGUAGGGGAUUUAUAAAUAUAUAAAUAAUACAACAAAAUUAGUGCGAAAUCUGUGGCGGAGUUACGGCGUUGGUGGCGCGUGUGAUGGGGUUCUGACAACCCACGUUAAAGCAACGGCAACAAGUUGAACUUCCGCACACGGAAAAAACCCCCCAAAAAAACACGCGCAAGUCGCGCAAAAUACGUAACUGGGGGGGGGGAGAAGCGAGCGUGUGCGGCAGCGCGUUCACGGCGACAGCUCCAGGAGGAAAUUGACGGAGACAGUCGCUCAGCCGGGGGUGAACUUCCUCAUUUGAGUCGGUAGACAGUCGGCAAGCAGCGGCCCGUGACACGCCGUCAUGUCGCUUAAAGACUCGCUUGAAUGCGGACUGGACUUCAUUGAAUUUCUAGGAGACAGAAUUUCUAUCACCAGCAAAAAAGAACUUCGGGACAUCUACAACUCUGAAUUUAAGGGCAGAAGGAAUAAAGACCCCACCUUCCCCAGUGUCCUGCGUGCCCUGCUGAAGUGCAACAAAGCCCACAUGAAACAGGGGGGCAUCUACAUAAAUGUCAGGCCUCAGUUUCGAGUGUAUUGCGACCAAUGGAGGAGGCCCCGGGCCCCUCGGCCCACACACAGCCCGGCCUCUGGCUCUCAGGAGAAGGAGGAGACACCUUCACCUUCCUCUGCCCCCUCCACUCCUUUGAAGCCGGUGCUGACCCCGAAGAAAAAGCUGGCUUCGGAAAUCCUUCGCAAGUUGAAGGUGAACAGGAAAAAGUUGACGGCUGACAAGUGGGGUAUUGAGCUCACCUCAGACCCCGCGGCGAGAGGAGGAAAGGUUCAUAUCACCGUGGAUCGUCUGAGGGAGUCUGUCGUCCUCACGUUCCACAUUUUAAACAAGGGCACGCACUGCAUCCACUUCACCUUCUACACGGCCCUGCACAAGAUCCGCUGUUUCACUCUGGAGGAUGAGAGGAGGGUGGACCGAGCUUCUCCGCUGUUCCUGCGUCCUGGAGAAAGCUACGAUGUUGUGGUUCGGUACACGCUGAACCAUUACGGAUAUUUCCCCGCCACCGUGUACUUUGAGUUCUGCCCAGAUUUGCCAGAAUCCGUUCCCUUUUGCAUUGUGAGGGAGAUGGAAGCGGUCGCCAGGACCCCUCUGGCUGUUGCUGGGCCGGUGGCUCCUUACAAACCAUUUCAGGUGGUCACAUACAAGCCUGUCAACACUGUGAUAGUGGAGGGAGUACCGCCUCAGGGGUCUGGCACCCGGCCUCUGAAGAUGGUAGUGAAAUUGGGAAACCAAAUGUACCCGACUUACCUAAAGGCACUGGCGAAACAAAGGAUGGAGGACUCUGAGUACCUCUCUCCAGCUCCCAGACAGAAACUGGCUUCAGUCAAGGGUCUCCUCAACUCUUCCUUGGAGAUGAAGACGUAUGCUCAGCGACUUCACCUCCUGCUACACCUGGAAGAGAUACAGACGGAGGUGGACAUCAGGAAGUACGACCUCCACAAUCAAGUCUUGACUCAAGACCAAAGCAACAAAAAACUGCUCAUACUCAGAGUUCCUGGUGUUGCUGAGAAUCGUCCAUCUGUACUACGGGGAGAUUGUAUUAGGGUGUCCAAAUCAGGAGACAAGGUCGAGCCGAUCACUGUGUACAUCGGAUAUGUUCACAGAGUGGAGCUGGAUAGUGUGAAGCUGGGCUUCUCGAAGAGGUUCCUGCAGAAUUUCAUCAGCAAUAUGAAGUUUGACGUGGAGUUUACUCUCAACCGGUACUCCUUGAAGCUGGAACAUCGGGCCGUGGACUUGGCAGUGAAGCAUCAGCUCGAGGAGGUGCUGUUUCCGUCCGGUGCAGCAGUGGCUAAUCUCUCCAUGCCUAAACUCAGGAUGUUCAACCAGCAGCUGGAGAACAACCCGGAGCAACACGCUGCGGUCCAGCGCAUUGUGGCCGGGUCUUCAAAGCCCGCCCCUCAUCUUGUGUUCGGACCGCCUGGAACUGGGAAGACGAUGACUCUGGUUGAAGCCAUGCAUCAGGUCAUCAAGGCCGACCCGUGCGCCCGCAUCCUGGCCUGUGCACCUUCAAACAGUGCAUGUGACCUCCUCUGUGAGAGACUGAUGGUUCACACGAAUGCUUCCCAGAUUUACCGCGUGUACGCCAGCAGCCGAGACCCAAGAAGCAUCCCCAAGAACAUGCUGAAAUAUUGCAACUGGAACCAGGCACAAGAGGAAUUUGAGUUUCCGCUGAAAGAAGUUCUGAUGAAAUACUCAAUCGUGGUUACAACUAUGGUCACAGCCGGCAGGCUGGUGUCUGGAGGAAUCCCAGUCGGCCAUUUUACACACGUCUUUUUGGACGAAGGAGGUCACGCAGUGGAGCCAGAGUGUGUCAUUCCUAUCGCAGGUCUGCUCAGUGCAGAGAACGGUCAGCUGGUGGUAGCAGGAGAUCCCAAGCAGCUGGGACCGAUCCUUCGAUCACCUUUUUCACUGCAGUAUGGACUCGGGCUUUCUCUGCUUGAGCGACUGAUGAAACACAACACUUUAUAUCAGAAAAGCACAGACUCUGGCCACUUUGACACCCGCUUUGUCACCAAACUGCUGCGAAACUACAGGUCUCAUGCUGCCAUUCUGAAAAUCCCCAAUGAGCUCUUCUACGAGAAUGAACUGCAGGUGUUUGCUGACCAGUGGGAGCGGGACACCUACUGCAACUGGGAACACCUUCCCAAAAAGGGUUUCCCACUGAUCUUCCACGGGGUGAUGGGGAAAGACGAGAGAGAGGCCAACAGUCCUUCUUUCUUCAACGUGUCUGAGAUCGAAGUUCUGGUCGACUACCUCACCAAGCUGAUGGACACACAAGGAAAGGAGGGCCUCCCCAAACUCUCUGCGAAAGACAUCGGCAUCAUCGCCCCUUACAGGAAACAAGUCGAGAAAAUCCAAAAGGCCCUACAGUCCGUCUCACCUCUGAAGCGAUGGAGCGAUCUCAAAGAGCUCAAGGUGGGCUCUGUGGAGGAGUUUCAGGGCCAGGAGAGGAAGAUCAUCAUGGUCUCUACUGUCCGCAGCAGCAUCAACUACGUCAAGAUGGACAACGACUUCAACAUUGGAUUCCUGUCAAAUGAAAAGAGAUUCAACGUGGCCCUGACCAGAGCCAGGUCCCUGUUGAUAGUCGUGGGAAACCCUGUGAUCCUCAACAAGGACCCCACCUGGGAGAAGUUCAUCAGCUAUUGUGUGAAGGAGAAGGGUUACACUGGAUUUGACUUUGAAGACGCAGAAGGAGAGGAUGAUCUCGUGUCAAGACUGGCAACCCUGAACGUCAACGUGGAUUCAGACGAUCCUGACGAAGAGGAGAGCGCCCUCCAGCAGCAUCUGGACCCCGAGCGAAACAAUGAGCAUUAAACAUCUGCACAGCAAAUAACUAUUCUGAGCUUUUAAUUUAACCGUUCAUAUACCAUUUAAGAAUAUAUAUCCUUUUUAAUCAACUUUUCUAAGCAGUUUACUUAACUUGCUUCAGUCAAUCAGUGCUUGAUGAUAACGCCAACACAAUGAAUCGGUAAAUCUUUUGUUCUGGAGUGUUCCUCUCUUCAGUGGCUUCUUAAAUACCACUUCCACUUCACAGAAAUUUCUAUGUGAGAAAAUAAGUUGCAGACUAUUCAAUUUCUCAGGAAUUCAUCGCCAUUUGUCUUACUGCCGUUUUGUCUUCAACUCUUCUUUCUGAUAGUUGAUGCCUGAAGAAAUAGUCAUUUUCUGAACCAUAUUGUGGUGCACAUUGUCAUGGCAGAACCUUUUUGAUUCAUUAUCCCCUUUCAUGGCAUCUUACACAGUAAACCGUACCCUGAGAAGAAUUGAACGAGGAGGCCUAGUCAGUGGUCUCGAAAAUAGUUUAUUAACAAUGUCCACUUCAAAUCAAACAGUCACUACAACAAAUUGUUUACAAAGCAUUAUAACAAUAAACUUUUGUAUAAAUUGG